AUGGUUGGCUCCGAACAGCCCAAGAGUUGGAAUUUGGUGUUGCCUUGGGCUGAGUAUUGGUACAACACUACUUACCAAGGCGCAUCCAAAUGCACACCCUUUCAAACUGUAUAUGGAAGACCUCCUCCCACACUGACACGUUACAUACCGGGAGAAACUGUAGUGGAUGCAGUCACCCAGGAUUUACAAACCCGUGAUGAGGCAUUGAAGCAAUUGAAAUAUCAUUUGGCACGUGCUCAAGAUCAGAUGAUCCAUUAUGCCAAUAAGAAGAGGGUGGUAGUCAAGAUUAAGGAAGGACCAGUUGCUUUUUGGCUGCAGUUACCAGAAACUUCAAGAAUACACCCUGUAUUCCAUGUUUCUCAGUUGAAGCUAGCUGUAGGAGACCAUCGGGUGGAGGAAGCUUUACCAACUGAAUUGCAGGAAGGCAGACACAUGUACAUCCCUCUGAAGGUGCUACAACGCAAGAACCAGCAGCAACACGGGAAGGAGGAGCACUAUAUCUGCCAACAGUUCUAUAAUUUCAACCUUGAGGACAAGGUUGAUGUUGGAGAGAGGGUAAUAUUAGACCAUUAA